AUGACAAAUGUUGAUUUUAUAAUUCAAUUACCAUUUGAAAUACUUGAACAAAUACUCAAUUUACUUCCAAUUGAAUAUUUACUAGCAUUAACUUCAAUCCCAAAGAUAUUAUCAAUUAUAUUGCCACAAGUUUAUAUAACAACUCAUCAACAAUAUACUCAAAAGUAUCAAUGUGUAUCUCCUUAUUCCUAUGACUUUAAGAGCAAGAGAAUUACUUUUAGUGGAUUAUAUAGUUUUAUGAAUUGGUAUAAAUCAGGAUAUCCCCCCCAAAAGAUUAUAUUUGAUGAUGUUUGUGAUUUAUUAGAAUUGAAUUGCUAUUUAUCUACCGUAUUAACGAAUUGUAAAAGUAUUGAAAUUAGAACAAAUUCAUAUCUGAAAGAUAUUAAUAAUUUACAAUUGAAUAUAAUUAAUGCUUUGAAAUUGGGAUAUAGAAUUACUUCAAUAAGUUUGAAUCAAUAUUAUGAUUGGGGCAGUGGGGUUUAUAUGCCUGAUAAUAUACGACUGAUUGAACUUUGGUGUCAGGAUGGGAAACGGUCUAUAAGUUUAUGUCCUUCAAAUUUAUCAAUUCUAAAAGUGCAUAAUAUGGAUAUUGGUCAAUGUCAUUUCUUCCCCCCAGAAUUGGAAGUUUUGGAAUUAUAUGGAAUGAGAAUAUCAUCGAAUACGACUGAAAAUGCAAGAAUUAUGUUUCCUGAACGAUUAAAAGAACUUGUGAUAUAUGAACAUCCCAAUUGUUUUACCCUGAUUGAUUUAAGAUAUUUGUCAACUUUGAAAAGAUUUGAAUAUCAUGGAAGUGUUAGAUCAAAUAAGAUUAUUCAAUUCAAUCAAAUCAAAUUACCUAUCCUGAUUGAAGAGUUAUAUCUUUCAAAUUUAAGACUUGAAGAUUUGGAAGGAUUGGAGUUUUUGGUUAAUCUUGGGAUAUUGAAGGUGGUUGAUUGUCCAAUAUUUCAUAAUUUCUUUAAUAAUACACGAUUCCCUAAUGGAUUACAUACUAUUUGGUAUAAGUAUCAAUGUGGGAAUGUUGAAGAUAUUUUGAGAAGGUAUAGUGAACGAUUUCCUGAAUUAUAUCAUAGGAAUUAUUUGAAAAUUGGAUCUAAUUUCAAAUUACCUUUGGGAUUAAAGUGUUUACGACUUGAAAACUUACCAUUUAUUGUUCUUAUUGCUUCGAAGUUAAGAAUACCACCAAGCCUAAUUGAAUUGUCAAUUAAAAAUAUUGCUGGGUUUAUGGAUUUGGUAUCAAAUUUAGAAUUACCGACAUCAUUAUACAAAUUGAUAUUAAAAGAUUGUUAUAUAACAUCAAUAGACAAUAUUAGAUUUCCAUCAAGAUUAUAUCAUUUAGNAGAUUGUUAUAUAACAUCAAUAGACAAUAUUAGAUUUCCAUCAAGAUUAUAUCAUUUAGACUUGUCGAAGAAUUUCUUAACCACGAUUCAAAAUACCAAUUUGACGCUGUUGAAGAAUGUACAAAUGAUUGAUUUACUGUAUAAUAAUUUCACAUCUACUGAUGAUUUCAUUGAAGCAUUACCAUGGAAUAUCGGGACUUUAAAUCUUCAUGGGAAUAAAUUAUCCAAAUGUGUAAUAUUAAACCAGGAAAUCAUUCAAUUGGAUUGUGAAAUCUCAACUAAGGAAUUUUAUAUCUCCAAUGAAACAUUCCAAUUGAUUAAUGUUAAACAUAUUAAUCUUUGGGUAAACCUGAAUGCCAAAUUCGACCCCAAUACAAUUUUAUUCCCCAAAGGUUUACAAUCAUUUGAAAUCCAUCAAGCUAAAGGCAGUAAAAUAAUCCUAACCAAUCAUAACUUUUUCCUCAAGCUUCCAACCACACUCACAAAAUUAAUCCUCUCAGGAAUAGUUCUCUUGGAAAAUAAUGACGGAAUUAAAUUCCACCUACCACCGCAAUUAGAGACACUUUCAAUCCGAUGUACCAAUUUCACCCAAUCCAUAAUCAACAAUCUCAACCUCACCUCAAUCACCAAUCUAAAAAACAUAAAUCUAACUGGGGGAAACAUCCAUCAAUUCAAUCUAUCCCAACUCCCACCCAANGCGUCGUUGUUUACUACUAAUAAGAGGAUACCUAAGACUAAGAAUAUUAAGACGAAAGAAGAUGAGAAUGAUGGGGAGCUGGGAAAACGGCUGGAAUCUCAGAGUAAUUCGAAUGAGCUGACGGUUAUUGGUGCUGCUACGAAGACUGGGGAAUAA